AUGCUGGCCCUCAUCAACAAGCUGCUGGACUGGUUCAAGUCCCUGUUCUGGAAGGAGGAGAUGGAGCUGACGCUGGUCGGGUUGCAGUAUUCGGGGAAGACCACCUUCGUCAACGUCAUAGCGUCAGGUCAGUUCACAGAAGACAUGAUUCCUACUGUUGGCUUCAACAUGAGAAAAGUUACCAAAGGCAAUGUCACUAUCAAGGUUUGGGAUAUUGGCGGUCAGCCAAGAUUUCGCAGUAUGUGGGAGCGUUACUGUAGAGGUGUUAAUGCGGUUGUGUACAUGGUAGAUGCAGCAGACUUGGACAAAGUGGAAGCAUCUAAAUAUGAAUUGCACAACUUGCUAGACAAACCACAGUUGCAUGGAAUUCCUGUUUUAGUACUUGGAAACAAGAGAGAUCUUCCUGGGGCUUUGGAUGAAAAACAGCUUAUUGAAAAACUAAAUCUUUCGGCUAUUCAAGAUCGAGAAAUUUGUUGUUAUUCUAUUUCGUGUAAAGAAAAAGAUAAUAUAGACAUUACAUUGCAGUGGCUUAUUCAGCAUUCCAAGUCCAGGCAUUAUUGA